CCAGCCAAAGCUCCUUUACUCUCUCUCUUUUCUUAAUUCUCUCACUAACCCCACCUCAUAAGCCCUUUCCACCUUUGAGAAAAAAUACAUGGCCAUCUCCUCUUUUUCUCCCCUUUUCCUCCUGUCCUAUCUUCUCUUAAUUCCUUCUCAUUUUGCCUCUUCUACCUUACAAAAUCCCCAAUCUGUUGUUGAUCACGUACAUAGCAGUAUAAACAAUGCCUCAAGGAGGAACUUGGGCUAUCUCUCUUGUGGCACGGGAAACCCUAUAGAUGAUUGCUGGCGUUGUGAUCCCAACUGGGAAAAGAACCGCCAAAGGCUAGCUGAAUGUGCUAUUGGCUUUGGCAAGAAUGCCAUUGGCGGCAAAGAUGGCAAGAUUUACGUGGUCACUGAUUCCGGCAACGACGAUCCUGUUAACCCUAAACCGGGCACUCUCCGAUAUGCUGUCAUUCAAAACGAGCCAUUAUGGAUCAUUUUUGCUAGGGACAUGGUGAUCCAGCUGAAAGAAGAACUUAUUAUGAACUCAUUCAAGACUAUUGAUGGAAGAGGAGCUAGCGUUCAUAUUGCAUGUGGACCAUGCAUAACAAUGCAAUACGUGACCAAUAUUAUCAUCCAUGGAAUUCACAUACAUGAUUGUAAGCAAGGUGGGAAUACUAUGGUGAGGAGCUCUCCACAGCAUUAUGGGUGGAGGACUAUAUCAGAUGGUGAUGGAGUAUCCAUUUUUGGGGGGAGUCAUAUAUGGGUAGACCAUUGUUCCUUGUCAAAUUGCAAAGAUGGUUUGAUUGACGCUAUUAUGGGUUCCACUGCAAUUACCAUUUCUAACAAUUACAUGACUCACCAUGAUAAAGUUAUGCUGUUGGGACACAGUGAUUCCCAUGUCCAAGACAAGAACAUGCAAGUAACAGUUGCCUUCAAUCACUUUGGAGAAGGCCUUGUCCAAAGAAUGCCAAGAUGUAGACAUGGUUACUUUCAUGUGGUGAACAAUGACUAUACCCACUGGGAAAUGUAUGCUAUUGGUGGGAGUGCUAAUCCCACCAUCAAUAGCCAGGGCAACAGAUUCCUUGCUCCUGAUAUCAGAUUUAGCAAAGAGGUGACGAAGCAUGAGGAUGCAGCAGAAAGCGAGUGGAAGAAAUGGAAUUGGAGAACAGAUGGGGACCUAAUGUUGAAUGGUGCAUAUUUCGUUCAAUCAGGAGCUGCAGCCUCUUCAAGCUACGCCAAGGCUUCAAGCUUGAGUGCUAAACCCUCUUCCCUAAUAACCUCCAUUGUUUCCGGUGCCGGCGCCCUUACUUGCCGGAAAGGUUCCCCUUGCUGAUUGGAGUAUUAUUUCCUAACAUCACAAGAAAAUUGACUUAUAUUCUGGUCUUCUUUUCCUAAAAUUUAGAUUUAAGAAGAAGGGAGUAUUGAAGGAAAUUAUGAAGUGAGGGUAGGAAAAAUGGGAAUGAGACAAGACACAUUAUGUAAUCUUUUCUAUUUCUUUUUAUCUCUUUCACCUUUUUUGACUUGAUUACUAAAUACAACCUCUGCUGGCUAUUCUUAGCCACUGGGACUUACUGA